CGCAUGCUUCUCCGCAAGGUUUGUUGAUUUGAUAACAGUUCAGAUUUUUUAUCAGUAGACAAGAUUCUGUUUUUUUGAGCACAACUCACAAGUAUUUCAAAGUGUUGCUUUCGUCAGUUCCAUUGCUCCGAUGAACUUAUAAUAUUCGUAUUUUUCAUCUCAUUUAAAUCUCAGUCUAUCAAAUAACAAAGGUGAAAAUUUUACGUGUUUAAUGUCGAAGUGAGAUCUCGUUUUCUAACCAUGUUCACAACCAGCACCCAGAAAAACCGCUGGAUUUUCGCCGACGAAGCCGAACUGAAUAAAUUGCGUGAAAAUGCGAACAGAGCUUUCAUUCUUCGAAAUAUGCACAAAGCUAAAGACAAAGAACCCAGUCAAUAUUUUCUAAACGCCAACGAAGAGCGAUUGCUGGUAAAAUCGUACGAGAGUAAAAUGAGAGAAUUUUGUCGCCGAUUUACUCCUCAGAUGCCGAAAUCCGUCGUAGGCACCGCAUUCCAUUACUUGAAACGAUUCUAUUUGAAGAAUUCCGUCAUGGAUUAUCAUCCUAAAGAAAUGCUCAUCACUUGCGUCUAUUUAGCUUGUAAAGUAGAGGAAUUCAACGUUUCUAUCAAGCAGUUCGUAGCUAACGUAAAAGGUGACCUGGAGAAGGCUACCGAUAUUGUUUUAAAUAACGAAUUAUUACUCAUGCAGCAGCUAAAUUACGAGCUUACCAUUCACAAUCCGUAUAGACCGAUCGAAGGAUUAUUCAUAGAUUUAAAAGUACGCAGUGAUUUGCGCGAACCGGAUAGAUUAAGGAUUACAAUCGAUGACUUUUUGGAUACGUUGUUCCUAACUGAUGCUUGCUUGUUGUAUUCACCGGCUCAAAUUGCUCUAGCAGCGAUUCUACAUUCAGCUAGUAAAAAUCAAGAGAAUCUCGAUGCCUAUGUUACUGAAACUUUGUUGGGCCAAGGUAACGGUAUGCAGUAUUUGAAUGAUCUAAUCGAAGCUGUUAGAAAAAUAAGAACGUUAGUCAAGACUUUAGAAGCUCCUGGUAGAGAAGCGAUAAAAGUAAUCGAAAAAAGGUUAGAAGUAUGCAGAAAUGAAGAAACUAAUCCGGAUAGUGAUGUUUAUAAACGAAAGAUGAAAGAGAUGUUGUACGAUGAAGAUGAACGAGAAGAAAUGGCUGCCAGUGCUCAGUCCACGUCCAGCCACGAAUUUGACAGUAUGAUUCAAGAGCUACCGAGUGUGUUGUGAAGUUAACGGAUGAUUAAAUCAUUGCGAAAUUGUUUGUAAAUUAUAAUUUUUUGUAACUUGUUCUUUUCAUUAAAUUUUUCUCAUCAA